CGGCAUUCAGUAAAUGGAUGAAAUCGGCCAAAAAGUCGUUGGUUGUGAAACAUUAUCUAACAAGAAUAAAUCGAGAUUAUUGUGGGAUGAUUUUAUGUUCAAGCAGUUUGUCGAUGCAUGCUUGCUUGAAUAUAGAAGAGGGAAUAGACCUGGUACAAGCUUUAGUAAGGUCGGGUGGGCGAAUAUAAUAAACACUAUGUAUGAGAAAACAGGCAAAACCUUUGAAAGAAAGCAAAUAACAAACAAAUGGGACAGCAUGAAAAAAGAAUGGAAGCUUUAUGAUCGCUUGAUGAGGCUUGAAACUGGGAUUGGUGGGACGAGAAGCUUCAUCGAAGCAUCGCCCGAGUGGUGGGAUGAGAAGAUAAAGGUUGAUCCCAACUAUGCCAAAUUUAGGGGUGCAAAUUUGGAGAUCUUUGAGAAAGAUUAUGCUACUUUGUUUCGGGAUUCGGUUGCCGUAGGAGACAAUGCUAUGACUCCGAUACAAUUUCAAAAUGAUGUUCAAACUGAAAAUAUAGAGGGCAAAGGAGAUAGUGAUGAAAAAAGUUUAGGUGAUGAUGAGCCUUUGUUUCCUCCUUUCGUCGAAAGUAGUUCGAAUAAAAGGAAGAAAUCUAAGGAUGUUGCUCACAAACGGUCAACCAAGAGCAAAACUUCAUCUUUCGAAGAAAAGCUAGAUGUUGUAUUAGAUGCCUUAUCAACAAAAAGCACCCAAACUUUUCCACCAAAUAAUGCCUCCCCAACAAUUGCCGUUGCAUGAACAUUGUCAUCACUUUUCCCGGAUUCGAAGAAGAUUCUCAAGAUUAUACACGUGCAUUGCGUGUUUUAAUCAAAAAUCCAAAUCGUGAAGCGUUUAUGUAUCCAACAACUCAUCAAGCAAAGAUGAGCCUCCUUAAGUCUCUCAUGUAAGAAUGAUUAGUCGUUUUACAUUAUGUGUUAUUGUUUGACACUAUGUGUUAUCGUUUGACAU